UCUAUCGUUAUUCUAUCGCCAAGCACGGAUUUCGAUUUGCUAAAUCAUGAGCGCCCUGUUCAACUUCCAAAGCCUGCUGUCGGUUAUCCUGCUGCUGAUCUGCACCUGUGCCUACUUGCGCUCGCUCUUCCCCAGUCUGAUAGACCGCAACAAGACCGGAUUCAUGGGAACCUUCUGGAAGCUUGCAAGGAUUGGGGAGCGCAAGUCACCGUGGGUAGGAGCCGCCUGCCUGAUCAUGGCCUUCACCGUUCUCUUCUGGAGCUGAGCUCCUGCAUACCGCAUCCCGCAUCACCUCCAGGAGCCGAAUGGCACCAUAGAUUAGAUAUUCCAAACUUUCUAGGACUGUAAAUACACGCUGCGUUCUGCAGCACUGGCCGCACAUUUCGGCCUUUCCCAAAAAAA